AUGGGUUACGGAUAUGUCCUUCUUUUUGCCCUUGGAUGGGGAAUAAUCUCUCUCUCUAAGAGUUCAUCGGCUCCAUACUAUCAAUACGUGGAUUUAGAAAAGUCAUGCAAUAGUAGCGUGAUCUUAGAAUGCCCAGUCCCGGAAACCGGGAGAGCCGGUACAUUCCGUUAUUUUUUGAUCUAUAUGUUGCCACUUGGGCUGUGCUCCUUCGAGGCCACGCUGGCCCACAACUGCGGGGGCUGGACGGACCGGUAUAAAUUUUAUUUAAACAUCCGAAAACUCGACUUACCUGCCAAUGACUAUCUCAAGAUUUACGACGCCGGUCUUACCUACAACUUUAUAAAGCAUUUAACCGGCAAUCACACCGCAGCCGUUAACCCCGCAUCGGUGGCACAAGCUGUGACAGAGUACUUCCCAAUACCAUCCGUCAAGUUUGAAUACUUUCGCAGCUCAUCGACCGCUACAAAUUUUCAUGAUGCGCUUAUCGACUUCGUUGUCGUUGAAGAACGACCCGGCUCACACAGUGGAUACUGCAAUGCGGUAUCUGGAUACGUGAACAGUAACUUUCUUUGUGAUACGGCCGGAUGGGUGGAUCGUGUGAACUGCCCGUCUAGCUAUAUUGAUUCCACGGUAACUGGACUCAACCGGCUAGCGGGCGACAAUGCGAUAUCCAGCCGGCGACACCGACAUCGGCUUGGAGUACAACGGCCUUCCGACCAACCACUACCGCCGUUCCAGUAAUUACCGGUACGACCACUUUUCAGCCU